AUGCAAUCUCCUAGCAUUCAGUUGAGCUCCAACACACCUUCCAAUGCUAACAGGGACGAUUCACUUUCGGGGAACACGUUAAAAUUCGGAUCAAGGCAUUUUUCCAGUAAAUGUUGGACCAGCGGUUCGGAAGAUCAGUAUAGAGGAUGCUGCAGCCAAACAAUCACACAAAGCAUGAAGAGCUUCGUAUCUGAAAGAUAUAAUGAAAAUUAUUACAAUGAUUGUUACAAAAGUUUUAGUUGCAGUGACGUAAGCAGUGGCGCGCAGCAGAUAACAAUUUCACUGAGAAGAAAUAACCAAAUUUAUAAAUGUAUCGUUCCAUUGGAGGCACUUGUCAAAAUUUUCGAAAAACAAUAUUUACAAGAGAUGCAGCCGCAGUUAAUACAUAACUUCAACACGUCUGAAAAAAAAUUUCACUAUGCUGAAAGUAGUGUCGAGGAAGUUGAAACUACAGAAACAUUCAAAAAUAAACAACAUAGAGAAAAAUUUAACCAAAAUGGAAAAUGUAAAACAAAGUCAUCGACAUUUCGUGCAAAAAAUUCUUAUAGUAAAAAAACAAGCGGCAAGAAUGAUUUUAGCAAAUUAAAUAAGAAUGCUAGCAAGUGCAACGCCAGCUAUAAAGUGUUCUGUUCGCAACACGGUCACCACUCAAUCGCUCGAAAUUUCAACACUGCAGGCUGCACUUAUCACUCACUGCAAAAAAAACAGAACCAUUUUCUUCAUGAUUACAAUUGUUAUUACGAUAAAUUAAACGCAUUCGAAUAUAUAUGGACCAAUUUUAAAAGGUUGAUAAAUUCACUGACAAAUUCAAGUCUUUUUUAUGAGAAGAAAAAUGCUGUUAGAAGAAGAGAGAUCAGACAAAAGAAUUCGCCAGAGCAAGAGCAUUCAAUUUUGUUAUCAAAUAAAAUAAGCGAAACUCCAAAAAAGUCAAUUAAAUCUCGUCAAAUUCUCUCGGCUCCAAAUUUAUAUUGUGAUUCUCAACGUGUAGAACAGAAGAAGAAAUCAAUGAAUAAAGAUAAACUGCAUGAAAACACCGAGAGAAACAAAAGAAACGGCAGGUCAAUAACAUUUGAAAAAGAUUCAUUGGUAAUUAUCAACGUUGAACAAGAUAACGGUAAUAAAAAACCUAAUGAAGAAGAAGAAAUAAAAAACCACUGGGAAUCAACGUAUGAGGAAGAGCAAGAUGAUGGCAAUCUCUUUCCAAAAAUAUCACAACCCACAUCUGAACCAUUGAAACGUUUUUCCUACAAACGACAACCAUCAAAUCCUCGUACAAGUUCAGCGCAGAAUAAAUUACUAAAAGAUAAACUAUUGCUUGCAAAACCAAAUAACUCAGUAGAUGAUGUGGUUAGGAAAAAACAAAAAUUGAAUUUAAAUGAGUCACCAUUAAUAAAUGAAGAGGGUAGGAAAAAAGAUCUGACAAAAAAUGAAAAUAGCUUAUUGCUUUCUGAGAGUGAUCACGCAAGAGAACCUGAAAAACCAUCAUUAAUUUUGAACGUUAAAGACCAUCAAACACCAACUGAAAAACUGUCCACGCCAAACUCUUUUUCAAACUCUAAAUUAACAGGAAAAUCGCCAUCAGACGAAGAAUUUGAUUUAGAUGAAAUGAAAAAACUAUCAACAGUUGACGAGAGUACUGAAUUAAAAAAUUACAAAAAAAAAUGGCAAAUAUCAAACGAUGAUAGUUUGAAUUCGUUCACAUUAUUGGAACCAAAGGUAAAUGUUCCAUAUUCAAGACACAACCACGAAAAUGGUACAACUAAAAAGGACUCACUUGGCUCGUCUAAAAUUUUGAAUUUUGUCAAAACGAUAAAUAGCCCAACAAGAAAUCACCCUUCUAUUGACUCAAGCAGAAGUAAACAACAUUCGCAAAUUUUACCACCACCUUCUUCUUUGGACACAUUGUCGAGUUCCCUUAAAACGCAUUAUUUCUACCCCACUCACACGAAGGGCAGUGUUAUUUUGCAUCAGCACAGUAGAACGUAUAAGCAUCUUUUAGAACAUACAAAUAAUACAUUCGUCGAUGAUAUGAUAAAUAACAAAGAUGUAUCGAUUCCUACUUUGCCUGAGCAAAAAGAGAGCAAUUAUAUUGGGAAUGUUAUAGAUAAAGAGGAAUCAAUAAAAAAUAAGGAAAAUAAACAAAUAUUCAAUGACAGUUCUAACGCAUCCACAAAUUUUAAGCCAUGCGAAACGAUAAAAUUUGUUAAGAAAAGCUACAAUACUUGCCAUCAACUUUCAAAAAAUCUGCCAAAAACCAAGAGCAAAAUGAAUUUUGAUAAAAAUGAUUCGCCUCUCCUCAAACCUGAUUCAAAAAGAAAUAAAAACGCAGACAAUCGGACAAAGCAGUCAAAAAAAAUUACAAGUAGUCCGUUCAAGAAAAAAGCAAAUUUAAUAAGCGUAACAAAAAACGAAUCGUUAAAACAUGUUAAAAAACAUUUAACGAUUUGUGAUAAAACGCUACCAUCAUUUUUAAAUAAAAAAAAUUUUAAAUUAAAUUUUAAAAAUGAACGUAAAUUCCACAGCGUCAAAGUAGGAAACCAACGGAUAAUGAGCAACAGCAUAGGGACUGAUCUGAAAUUCAAAACUGCUACGGAAAUUUCAGAACAAUUAAAAGCAGUGACAAAAAACAUCAAUAAAACUGAUUCCAAACGUCAAUUGAUGAUAUCAAAAAGUUGUAGUGAUAAAGUUGUUUGUAAAAAUUUGGUGGCAGCUACCAAGGAGGAAGAAGAUCUUCUUGUACCAGCGGAUGUGUCAUUUGCUGCUACAUAA